AUGAAUGUUUUCAAUCCUCACAUUCUUGAUGCCAGCAUCCGCGAUGUGACGGGGUGUCUGUCUGACGUUAAAAAGGCUGAUGUUCUCCUCCACGCUUUGCAGCAUUUGCCGUCCGAAGGCUUCCGAAUUGUCAUGGAAAAUGCUAUUCAGCGUUCCACCAGCAGAUCUCUUUUGUUACGUGCCAAAACCCGUUUAGCAGCUGGGUACCGAACUUCUGCACAACAAGAUCUGAUGUCCGUGUUAGGUUCAGAUCCCGCAAAUCAAGAUGUCAAAGCCAUAAUACAAUCUGAGCAUUUACGACAAGAAAUGCUUAUCAGGGAACCUGACGGUCUGCCUCGUUUUUCUGGCGAAGUUUGGAGAGAAAUUGCUCUGUGUCUUCCCAAACGUGAUCUCAAGUCUCUUUUACUGGUCCCACAUGCACUCUCUCGCAUCGCAAGUCAGCUUAUCUUCCGCGAGACCGAUCUUCAUUUCACAGCAUCGCCGGACCCCCCGAGAGCCGAGAACAGAUACAGGGAUGUCAAUGUCAGCCAGGAAGAACAGGAACUCGACGCCUGGCACUGCCAGCGAAGUGCAGACAUUCUUACCCGCAUUCUCGUCGAUCCUGUCUUUGCCUCGCAGGUCAGAAACUUAAUCGUAUAUGCUGUUUCAGACACGUCACAUACAUUGGCGUUUCAGGCUGGAAUGUUAAUUAACUCUUUGCCUAAGCUCUGCAACCUUCGCAGGGAUAUUAAUAUCCCACCAUUCAAGCACAUUACACAUUUCUCCAUCACAGCUGAAGGAGGGAACAGCACAUCUACCCACGACUUUAUAUCACAGAAUCGUGACAACCUGCGCUCGCUGUCCAUCAAGAAUGCAAACUGCAAAUUCCCAACAGAUGCCAUCUCUGUCCGUUACUUAACGAUCAUCGAGUUUGAGGGCUGUUUUUCCGUAGACAGCCAGGUCUUCUCAGAGAUCUUGUCUGCCGGCCACCAACUACAGUCACUAACAUUUUCAGGUAUUCUGGAAUGUACUCCAUCAGCAACGUUCCGCCUGCAUAGGUCUUCGCUUCCGUUUCUGAUGCAUUUUGCUCUCAAGUUUAUCAACAGGGACCUCGUGCCUGCUAUCUCGGAAUUCUUGAGAGAUCGCAAGCAUCUUCAUUCUUUCCACCUCAUCGUACCUAGCGGAGACCAUCGUCGCAUUGGUUUUGACGCGUCUGCUUGGGGUGUACUACCUUCUCUAACGAACCUCCGCAGUCUCUAUAUCACGUAUCCUAGAGAUCUUUCUCCUUCGCUAGCAAGGUGGCUUAUUCCGCGGAGUGUUCGUGCGCUCACCAUGGAUAUUAUGGUACUGCCUGCAGAGGACCUUCUCCUUUUCAUAAACCAAUUGCGUCCGGGAGUCCCUCCCCUUCUCACGUUCAUUGGUAUGACAAACUUUCCGAUACGCUCCGUCAUCAACGUGAUUGACCAGGGCUUUUCCAACGUGCGGCUUGUGCGUAUCGACGACAAUGUCUGGAGUGUUAUCCGCCUAGACAGUGAUGGGUCGAUAGAGAUGGAGCAAUGGCCAUAUCGAAUGAUAAAGUACCACUCGGCAGUGUGGUUGGAGUUCCUCGGGUGCGAAGAUGCAAUAUGGCAUCUGGUAUAG